AAAACAAGAAUGAAUUAUGAAAACUAAUUUAUAUGAAUAAAAUACAUACCUAAAUGAAACGAAAAUGACCACGAUAAACUACAAAAAGCUCCUUCUGAACAGAGUAACCGUAACACCAGCUAUAAUUGAAUACUUGGAAAAUUGUUUGAUUAUAGACGAUGAAACUUCUAAACACAAUUUUCAUAAAAUAAUGUUGCAUAAUUGGACCGACAACGAAAUUAAUCUAUUUGAAGUGUUAUCGACGUUUUUCGCAGCUUCAUUUAUCCCUGUAAAUUUCAUUACACAAAAUGGAAUAACAACAUUUUACACAAGCAGCCUCAGUUUUGUGAUCAAAAUAGUAAAACUAGACUUCUUAUUUCCCUAUAUGAGAAGCAUGUGCAGCCUAGAUAUACUUCUUAAUGAUAAAACAUCAACGGAAUUAUUUGAGUCAGAAGUUUCGGUUGAAGAUAUUGUCACAGAAAUAGUUAAAUUAAGAUUUCUGAGCAACGGUGAACUAAAUUUAUCAAAUUUCUGUAAUGAUCCAGAAUUCAAUAACAAGAAAAUACAUUUCUAUAAAAUAACUCUAUUAUCACAAUUUAGGAUUUUAAUGUUAAGGAUGGGAAGGGACACUAAAUACCUAAACUUAAGUAAUAAUAAUUUGAGUCAGAUUCCACUUGACAUACUAAACUUUUUCAUCAAAGGAGAUUUAUUGGGAAUAGAUCUAAGUUAUAAUAAUAUACCAUCACUGGUAGAGUUACAAAGAGUAAGCAGUAAGAUUGAGAAGCUGUCUGUUGAAGGAAAUCCUCUCUGUAAAAAUGUUGAUCCAUUAGCUUACAUUAAACAAAUCACUGUAAAAUUUCCCAGACUUAUGGUAUUGGAUGGUAUAAAAAUAAAUAACUAUGGUAUAAUGAUGCCAUUUUACAAGACAUUUGUGAUAACACCAGAUAAAAAGACAAAGAUGAUAGUUGAAAAGUUUGUUACCCUGUAUUUCUCACAUUAUGAUUCCACGCGUCGAAAAAUCGAAAUGUUUUACGAACCAAAUGCACAGAUGUCUAUAUCUACACACUUUACAGAUACAGAGGAGUUAAAAAUGCCCAAAUUGGCUAUGCACUCGAGAAAUAUAUUAGAUCCAGUAAAGAAAAAGUCAAUAUUGACUCAUAAAAGGUGGUACAAGAAGAAAUGUGCUAUUGUUGGUGUACACAGUGUGUUACCAGAAACAAUCCAUGAUCCAACUACAUUUACGAUUGACGUUCUUCGACAUGAUAAACAAUUCCUAUAUAUAAUAAUAGAUGGAGUAUACAAGGAAGUUGGUGCCAAUGCUGGGACAGAAAGAUUAUUCAACUUCAGAAGAACAUUUCUAUUCAACCACUAUGCUGAACAUGAUAAAUCGAUGUAUAAUAUUUCUAGAGAAAUGUUUUCUAUUUCGUUUGCGUCUGAAGAAUUAAAAGAAAAUAGUUUUAAGAAUCCUGUGAGACACGAGAAUCAACUAACUCUUAUAAACCCAGAUCCUGACGAGCGCGAUAUUAUUUGCAGGGCUUUCACUCAUUAUACUCAGCUCCGAAGAUCAGAAGUCGAGACGCGACUUCGAGCUCAUGAUUGGGAUAUAAGAAUGGCGUUAAAAACCUUCAGCGCUGAUAUGAAAAUGGAUAAAAUACCGGAAGACAAGUUUAUAAGCCAAGACGACUUGUCGGAUAUCUCAUCUUCUUUAGAAGAUGAAAUAGAUUAGUUUUAGCUUAAAAUAAUAACAAUAAUAAUAGUACCGCCACAAUUGGAGGGACUGGUUAUAAAUCCAUAAUAAUAAUAAUAUCACAAUAAAUGUUUUGAAACACUUCCAA